AUGCCACAGUCCAAAUCAGCAAAUGCAAGCAGAUUCUGGGAACUCGACUCAGCAUAUGAAGUGAGAUGCCUCCGCACCCAGAGCCCUGUGAAGGCACUUGAAUCGACUCGUUUUUUCAAUGAACUAAUGAGUGUAAACGGUGCAACAGACACGGGCGAACGACCGGGAAGUGCACAAGAGUCAAGUUACGAGGAUCAUCAAUCAUCCCUCCCUCGACUCCCCGUUCCUCCCCUGAAGCACACAUGCGACUUGUACCUCAAGUCUAUUCAGGCGAUCGCGACUUCGGAGGAGUACUUUCAAGUGACUAAGUUGGUGGAGGAUUUCUUGAAACCCGGUGGCACCGGGGAGCUCCUGCAAAGUCUCUUGGAGGCAUGGGAGCAAAAAUGUGAUCAACCGAGCUGGCUGGAGGAAUUUUGGGAUGAUUCGUAUCUCUGCACACGUGAGCCCAUACCAGUCAAUGUGAACUACUUCUUUCAGCUUCAGCCGCAUCCUCGACAAUCGGACGGGUCUACCCGAGUCUCGCAGGUGGGGCGCGCUGCAAGUCUUCUACACGCAGCGACGGAGUAUUACCUUUCCAUUUUUCAUGGCACGGUAGAAAAAGAGUUUGAACGGUAUGUACCUGUGUGCAUGAGUCAGUACCGCUUUGUAUUUACGACUUCACGUAUUCCUGGUUUGCGCCGCGACCGCAAAGUGUGCUACUCUACACGACCUUUGACAAGUGAUGAGAAAAAAUCCAAAUUUUCCGAGUAUGUCGCUGCCGAUCCCACGCACUGUGUUGUCAUUAUCCGCAAUCGAUACUUCAAAGUGGAGGUGAUAAAAGAUGGAACGCAGUACUCUGUAGAGGAGCUUGUACUGGCACUUAAACAGAUUGAGAAUUUUGCUACAUCGCGAAAAGAUCCUGGAGCUCCCGUUGGUCUCUUUACGACCCUGGAACGCACAGAUUGGUUUCAUACUCGAGAGCGCCUGAAAGCAUUGGGCAACGGUGAGGUGUUGCAGGCAAUUCAGUCUGCGAUCAUCUGUAUUUGUCUUGACAGUGUGGAAGUGCAAUCGCCCGAUGAAUCGGCAAGACUUUUUCUCCAUGGCCCGGGGACAAACCGCUGGUUUGAUCGUCAUAAUAUUAUUGUGACACGUGAUGGAUCGGCCGGGAUCAAUUGGGAACAUUCCGUCGGAGAUGGUGGCACGACGCUACACGUUGCUGACUUCAUGUUCCGUAGGGACUGCGAGCGUUUCUUCUCGGACACAGACGUGGAUGCACUCAUGGAGGAACCUGAAAAAGUACAAGCAUCUUUGGGCAUGGUGUCUGAGUUGCAAUGGUCUCUUGAUAAUGGGCUUGACGAGCUUAUGAAGGCAGCCUUUGCAGACUUCAAGAUGUUGAUUGAGAGCAAUGAGACAAAUGUGCUGCACUUUCAGCAGUUUGGUGGUGUUUUUUUAAAACAAAAUAACGUGUCACCCGACGCAUUUGUUCAAGUGGCACUUCAGCUCACAUUUUAUCGUCUUUUUGGGCGAAACUGUGCCACUUACGAGGCAGCCAGUACGCGUACUUUUUCUCACGGACGAACGGAAUGCGUUCGAAGCGCAACACGCGCAGUAUGGGAUUUUUGUCACGCGGCAUCCGAGCCAAUCUUCUCCAAACGUGUGGCAUCGUGUGUGCCGAAACAACGAGAACUUUUGCGUAUCGCCAUUGAGUCUCAUGCGGAUUACAUGAGACUUGCUAAGAAGGGCCUUGGUGUGGACCGGCAUCUUUAUGGACUUCGAGUCAUGGCGCGAAUGCAUGGCAUUCCUUUACCAGAGCUCUUCACUGAUAGAUGUUUUUAUCGUAGUGCAACUUGGCGCAUGUCAACAUCGCAUUGUGGAAGCAGCGCACUUGACACAUUUGGCUUUGGACCAGUGGUGGGUUCCGGGUACGGCAUUGGGUAUAUGAUAAAAGAAAGUAGCAUUGAAUUUGUCAUCACAUCCAACCGUACACAUCCUUUUACCUCUACCUCUGUGUUUGCCACCAUGCUUCAAUCCGCCCUUAUGCACAUGGAUGCCAUUCUGAGAAGUGAAAAUGUGGAGGAUCGAGCCGUCAGUUGCCCAUUUCCAUCUUCGCAUCCAUGUGGUUUUAACGACUUUGAGUAUUCGCAACAAGAAGGGUUCAUCUACCAACGCUACGAUGAACAAGGCAUAAAGGAGCUUGCGCACGUCUUGCAAGAGACGAAAGGAAAAACGGAAUUUGCGGAAGAUUCUCUAAGUAGCUGGCACUAG